AUGCCGCCGUCUCAGUUGAAGCAGCUGAAGUCCUCGCUGAAGGAGAGUGGAGUGCUCGGUCCCCAGCAAUCCAAGAAGCAAAAGCGCCAGAAUGCGAAGUCGGGUGCCGCUUCCCAGAAUCGCAAUCAGCGCAACGCUGCCCUGCAGGCAAUUCGCGAUCGGUUCAACCCAUUCGAGAUCAAGGCCACGGGCCGACAAAGCAAAUUCGAUGUGACCACCCGAGAUGGUGGUUCGACGACAGCCGCCCGUGCGCGGCCUGGUGUCACAAAAUCUCUAGGUGAAGAACGGCGACGAGAAACGCUCUUGCAGGAGAUGAACAGGCGCAACAAAGUCGGUGGCCUUGUCGAUCGCCGGUUUGGUGAGAACGACCCGACCAUGACGCCCGAAGAGCGUGCCGCCGAGCGAUUUGCUCGAGAGAGCCAAAGGAAGAUGCGCAAGGAAUCGAUGUUCAAUCUUGAAGAUGAGGAGGACGAACUUGAACUUACGCACCUGGGCCAGUCUUUGACGUUUGACGGAGCGAAGCUGGACGAUUUCGAGGCGGGUGACUUGGACGAUGCGGAGUCCGAUGAAGAUUCACCACGGAAACGGAAGCGUUUCCUUGAAGAUGAUGGAGAAAUGGAGGACUUUAUCCAUGACGAGGAGGAGGAGCAGCCAGGGCGGAAAAAAUCGAAAGCGGAGGUCAUGAAGGAAGUCAUUGCCAAGUCGAAGUUCUACAAACACGAACGGCAACAGGCUAAAGAGGAUGACGAGGACCUACGGGAGAAGCUUGACCAAGAGCUUCCUGAUCUGUUUGAGGCUUUGAGAGGUGUAAAGCCUCCGCCUAAGCCGGAGCCCGUCACGGAAGAUUUAGCAGCCAUGAACCCGGAACGCGCAGCUUUGUUGCAAGGACCAGAAAGCAAGGACACCGAGCGGGAAUACGACCAACGACUCAAACAGUUGACCUUUGACAAGCGUUCUCAGCCUACGGAUCGCACGAAGACUGCAGAGGAGAUGGUCGAGGAAGAAGCAGAACGGCUAAAACGGCUGGAAGAAGACCGAGUCCGAAGAAUGCGCGGUGAGCCAUUAAGCGACGAGGAAGAGGAGGAAGAAGAAGAAGAACAGAAGGAGUCACAGGCCGAGGACGAAGACUCGGAUUUUGACGAUGCCAUGGCGUUUGGACUUCCCACGAAUUCUUUUCAACCGCGUUCCGAUCUUGGCGUCGAAGACGAGGAUGACUUCAUCAUUGACGAUGACCUGGUUGAGACGAGAUCUGAUGCAAGCCUCGAGUUUGAUGAUAGCGACAUGGAGCAAGAAGAACUUUCCGAGGAAGACGAUUCAACAGAUGAGCAGGAAGAUGAGCUUAUUAAUGGCCUAACACUUCCUACGAAUACCACUGCUGGUGCCACAUCGACAGCCGUCAAAGUGGACCGGGCCGCUGACGGAAAGCUGGCCUUCACAUACCCCUGUCCCAACAGCCAUGAGCAGUUUCUCGAGAUUAUCGAGGACGUGCCCGUCCAGGAUCUCCCAACUGUCAUUCAGCGUGUUCGAGCCUUGCACCAUCCUCGCCUCCACCCCGAGAAUAAGGCGAAGCUUGGCCGAUUUUCCGAAAUCCUGGUUGAGCACGUUUCCUACGUGGGCAAUGAAACUGAACAACCCCAAUUCACCGUCUUGGAGAAUAUUCUGCGCCACGUCCACUCGCUGGCCAAGACGCACCCCGUGAACGUGGCCACGGCGUUUCGCGCACGCCUUCGGGAGAUGUCCAAAAACCGACCGCUCAGUCUCCUCCCCGGCGACCUUCUGAUCCUUACAGGCAUCUCGACCAUCUUCCCAACAUCGGAUCACUUCCACGCAGUGGUCACACCAGCUCAUUUAGUCCUUGCCCGAUACCUUGGCCAGUGCUCUACCAACACCCUGGCGGAUUUUGCAACCGGUUCUUUCGCCGCUAGCCUAUGUCUUCAGUACCAGACUGUCUCGAAACGAUACAUGCCCGAGUUCAUCAAUUUCACCCUGAAUGCUCUCUGCAACCUAGCUCCCAUCGAGCCAGCCACCAGCCUUGGCUUCUUUCCUUCUAGAAAACCUCAAGAUUCUGUCCGGCUGUUGACAUCAUCCAAGAAGGCAACCCCACGCAAGCUGCACUUCCGCGAUGUGGUGUCAUCGCUCACCGACUCCCAGGCAGCGGAAGACCUCAAGAUCUCCCUCAUCACCACCAUCGUCUCCCUCCUUCGCUCCGCCUCGGACCUGUGGUCCUCAAAAUCUGCCUUCACGGAGAUCUUCACCCCAGCCCGUGCAGUCCUCCAGCACCUCCGCCAGUGCUUUAAGAACAAAUCUUUCGCCGCAGCCCGGGAGUCUACUCAAUCCGCGCUGGACACUCUUGACUCCCAUCUCACCAGCGCCAAGGAAUCGCGCCGCCCUCUUUUCCUCCACAACCACAAACCCCUAGCCAUCAAAUCCGCCAUCCCUAAGUUCGAGGAGAACUUCAACCCGGACAAGCACUACGAUCCGGAUCGCGAGCGCGCAGAGGCCAACCGCCUCAAGGCAGAGUACAAACGCGAGCGCAAGGGUGCUCUCCGCGAGCUGCGCAAGGACGCCAGCUUCGUGGCACGCGAGAAGCUGCGCGAGAAGAAGGAGCGCGAUGCAGCGUACGAGCACAAGUACAAGCGGCUUGUGGCCGAGAUUCAGAACGAGGAGGGUCGUGCGGCGAACGAUUACGAGCGCCAGAAGAGGGCGCGUCAGGGCAAACGCUGA